AUGAGAUACAAUCUGAGCACACUACGUUCAGCCAACACGAGAUGCUUUUCCACGUCUAGGCUCAAUCUGAAGUCGACAGAGGUUAGAUUUGACGAGAUGGAUAGUGAAGUCCAGGAGAUGUUGAAUGAAGAAAGAGCUGUUGAUAAAGUGGACGUGUGUAUCGUCGGUGGUGGUCCUGCUGGUUUGGCUGCUGCUAUUAAGCUGAAGCAAUUGCAGCUGGAGAACGAGGACGGUAGGGACAUCAGAGUUGUGUUGUUGGAAAAAGCACCGGAUAUGGGGUCCCAUAUCGUUAGUGGUGCUGUUAUAGAACCAAGAGCAUUCAAAGAGCUCUUCCCAGAUAGUGAAUAUGUGGAUGAAAAGGGAGAAGGAAUCCCACUUCCACCGGAGCUUGUCACCGUGGUUGAGGAGGAGUCCUUGAGAUUUCUGUAUGGCGACCUGGCCAUCCCACUACCGGAGCCUCCACAGAUGCUUAACAAAGGUGUCAAUUAUAUCGUAUCUCUCAGUGAAGUGGUGAAGCACCUAGCAGAGACUGCAGAGGAACUCGGUGUAGAGGUGUAUCCUAGUACUUCUGUUGCUGAGGUGCUCUACAACUCUGAAGGUGCUGUCAAAGGUGUUGCUACAAAGGACAUGGGCAUAGGCAGAGAUGGUGUGCCAAAGGAUACAUUUGAAAGAGGUAUGGAGUUCCACGCUAGAGUCACAGUCUUUGCCGAAGGCUGUCACGGCUCCUUGUCCAAGGAAGUAAUAAACAGGUUCAAAUUAAGAGAAGGAAGACAGGCCCAGACUUAUGGCUUGGGAAUCAAGGAGGUUUGGGAGGUGGAGCCAUCCAAGUUCAAGAAGGGGUACAUCUCACACUCUCUUGGAUACCCACUGGAUUAUGAGACCUAUGGUGGUGGUUUCAUGUACCACUUUGGAGACGGCCUUGUCUCUGUUGGUCUCGUGGUUGGGCUUGAUUACAAGAACCCAUGGAUCUCACCUUACCAGGAGUUCCAGAGAAUGAAGCAACACCCCUUCUAUAGAAAAACCCUAGAAGGCGGUAAGUGCAUAUCAUAUGGUGCUAGAGCAUUGAACGAAGGUGGCUGGCAGUCAGUUCCAAAACUCCAUUUCCCAGGUGGUGUUCUCGUUGGUGCUUCUGCCGGCUUCAUGAACGUUCCAAAGGUUAAGGGAACCCAUAAUGCCGUUAAGACUGGUAUGCUUGCGGCAGAGUCCAUUUUUAACAGAAUAUCGCCUAUGGAGAAGAUUAUGACAGAGGAAGAUGAAGAGUACGAUCCUGAAAUCCACGAUGUCGAAGAGCCUUCUAUUGAUCUUCCGGAAUAUGAAAAGGCUUACAAGAAUUCGUGGGUUUAUGACGAACUGUACGAAGUUCGUAAUCUGAGACCAUCAUUCGGAUCAGGACUCGGCUUAAUUGGUGGUAUUGCAUACUCUGGCUUGGACUCGCUUCUCCUCAAGGGACAAGUUGCCUGGACAUUUGAUCAUCACAAGUCGGAUGCUGAAUUGACGAAACCAGCUGAUCAAUAUGAAAAGAUUGACUAUCCAAAACCUGAUGGUAAGGUCACAUUCGACAUUCUCACAUCAGUCUCGAGAACUGGUACACACCAUGACGAAGAUGAGAGAAACCACCUACGUAUCCCAGACCAGGAUCCAGAAGAACACACCGAAAAGGCAUGGCCAAAGUUCAAAGGAGUUGAAAACAGGUUUUGUCCAGCUGGAGUCUACGAAUAUGUUGAAGACGAAACGAGCAAACAUGGAGUCAAGUUUCAAAUCAACUCACAGAAUUGUAUCCACUGCAAAACUUGUGAUAUCAAAGUUCCAACCCAAGAUAUCAACUGGACAGUUCCAGAAGGUGGUGAUGGUCCAAAGUACGUCAUGACCUGA